AUGUCGGAGGAGGGCUCGAGAUUCGGAUGGAUAUACAAAUUAUCGUCCGACGCGUUAAGAGAAGAGUUAUCACGUAGAGGGCCUAUAGUUGAAAAAUUCAAUUUAAAACCGGCCUUUUCCAUUCCAAAUACGCUUAAUAAAUACAUAAAAAGGGGAAAUGAUUUAUUAGAUCCUAUGUGCCACCAAGACGUGGUAUAUAAAAUUUCUUGUUUGGACUGUGAUGCUUCUUACACUGGCCAAACUAAGAGACAAUUACGAACGAGAAUUAAUGAACAUCGUUCGGACAUAAAGAAAAAAUCUGGUUCGCCUUCUGUAAUUUCUGAUCACCGUAUAACGUGCGAUCACGAAUUCGAUUGGAAUGGAGUAAAAAUUUUGGAUAACGAACCUUCCUAUAAUAAAAGAUUAGUGUCAGAGAUGGUAUACAUUAAAACACAAAGCAGUGGUUUGAAUAAACAAAGAAUCGAUGUUCUCCAUGCUGGAAUUGCGACGCAUUUUGUACCAUCGGAGAGACUCGUGGAUUUAAAACGCGAUUUAUUAACGUUACGUGAAGUUGACAUUGAAUCAGUUUUAAACAAAUAUCAACCGAAAUUAAAUUAUGAAUUCAGCUUGGCACCUAAUAUAUUGCAGAUAGAAAGUUGUUUUUCCGCUCCAUCCGUUGAGGAGAUAAUUGAAAGACUAAAGAAAGAUAAUUCCGACUGGGCACAAAAGAACAUAGACGUGCUACUCAAAAUGUCUCCGUCUUCUCUCAAAAUCACCAAGAAGACGAUCGAUGAAGGAAAAAGAAAAUCCUUAGCGGAUUGUUUAAAGAUCGAAUAUAGAUUGAUAUGUACUACCAACAAAAAUGAUUUCUACGAAGGCGUCAGAGCUCUCCUGAUCGACAAAGAUCAGAAACCAAUGUGGAAGCCGACAUUAUUGACUGAUGUAACGGAUGAAUAUGUAAAUGAACGAUUUGCAGCACUUCCUGUGAAGAAAGAAUUGCAGUUAUGCAUCAGCAAACUAUAGAAAUUGAGAAAUUUUUUAUAUUGACUCCGUGAUACAUUGUUAUAUAACAAGUUCCUAUUUUAAUCUUCUAUAUUUUUUACAAUAAAUAUACUAUAUGAGCAAAUUUAUCAGAAACUAUUUUGUAAAUGACGAACUGUACAAUUGUAAAAUAUAAAAUAACAUAUAUUUUAUUGAUGCAAA